GUGAACUUUUAAUGUGGCUUUCCUUUAUGAGGGAAACGCAGUGUUUCUCUGCGAAAGCAGUCCAACUGGUGCCAGGGACUGGUUUUUGACAUCACGUUUCUUAUUUUUUCUUAGAUUUUUUGAGCAAUUUUAAGGGGCUGCUUCGGGAAUGAGCCGAUUUCCCCCUUUUUGCUUUUACAAUAAUGACUUUAUGGUGCUGUGUUGUGCUGUGCUGUACUGAACUGUCGCCUCCCACUCCUUCGCCCCUAGAGGCUAAACAGCUGAACAUUUCCUUGGGAGAAUUCAAAGAUCACAGAGACCAAUUGGCUGUAAAUACCUUUUUUUUACUCUCCUCAUAAUCUAUGCGAUCAUCUAAAGAUAAGACAAUCGUUUCUUUUUUAUUGUUCUUUUGGAUAAUUAUUUAGAGAGCGACGUGUUUACUUCGGCAUUGUCUUUUGAAUUUCUUUCACUGUUUCUGGACAUAACAAAUGUGCGUCACCCGUAAAGACACUGGCAACAUGGCCGGUGGGCAGGAGGUCUUGCCAAACGUGGCCCUAAAUUCAAGUGCCUAUGACCCUGUUAGGCACUUUUCAUCUUACGGUGCAGCAGUGGCUCAGAACAGAAUUUACUCUUCACCUUUUUACUCGCCCCAAGAAAAUGUUGUUUUUGGGUCGAGUCGUGGACAUUAUGACUAUGGAUCUAAUGUGUUUUACCAAGACAAGGAAAUGCUUCCCAGCUGCAGGCAAAACACUUUGGGACAUACAGCACAGACUCCUCUCGCACACCAGGACUAUAGCAGUGACCAGAGCAGGACUCCUCCUCAAGAGCAGAAAGCGAGCAUCCAGAUCUACCCGUGGAUGCAGCGGAUGAACUCUCACAGUGGAGUUGGCUAUGGAUCGGAUCGACGGAGAGGUCGCCAGAUAUACUCUAGAUACCAGACCCUCGAACUGGAAAAAGAAUUUCAUUUCAAUCGGUACCUAACCAGACGCAGACGAAUCGAAAUUGCAAAUGCACUUUGUUUAACAGAAAGACAGAUCAAAAUCUGGUUUCAGAACCGCAGGAUGAAAUGGAAGAAGGAAAGUAACCUGACCUCCACUUUGUCGAGCGAUGGACCCGCGUCCGGCUGCCAAAAGCAAGAAAAGGACGAAAUUGAAGAGGAAACGGAGGAGAAACAGAAAGAGUAACGUCGAGCUUGAACGAUAGAAAGAAAAAUCAAUACUGUAAAAUAAUAAUAGUAAUAGUAAUCGAAAAACAAUAACUGUACUGUUUUGUUAUAUCCCUGAAAUAAACUACCUAUUCCAUUGGCCUACCUGUGCUGUCAACGCAAUUAGGUAAUAACGGUAUGCAAAUCGGACUCAUUUUAGGGCUUGGAGUGACCACAUAAU